AUGUCGGACAAGCAGAAAUCCGCUCUCAUCGCCGCCUCCGUGGUCACGGGCGCCGCCGUCGGCUCGUUCCUGCUGCGGGCGGCCAUGCGCCCCGUGCUGCGCGCGCGCGCCGCCACCUUCUUCAAGGGCAUGCUGGCGGACGCCGACAUCAUCGUCGACCGCGACAUCCGCGUGCACGACGAGGACAUCUUCCUGGACUGGGUGAACCGCGGCAUGCUGGCCAUCGGCGAGUCGUACAUGGCCAAGAAGUGGGAGGCCAUCCUCCCGCUGGAUGAGCUGCUCACGCGCCUGCUGUCGCUGCCCGCGGACAAGCGCCGCAAGAUCUUCAAGGCCUGGAACGCCAAGUUCAUCGCGCUGGGCGGCAAGAUCUUCAACUACCAGUCGCCCUCGCGCGCCGGCAUCGUGGGCGCGCACCACUACGACCUGGGCAACGACUUCUUCAAGCUCUGGCUCGACCCGUACAUGCAGUACUCGUGCGCGUACUGGAAGGGCGUCGAGGACAAGCACGACCUGGACGCCGCGCAGCGCAACAAGCUGCACCUGAUCGCCAAGAAGCUCAAGCUCGAGCCGGGCAUGCGCGUGCUCGAGAUCGGCUGCGGCUGGGGCGGCCUCGGCUGCUUCCUGGCCAAGGAGUACGGCGUGCACGUCACGGGCAUCACCAUCUCCAACGAGCAGCUCAAGGGCGCCCGCGAGUGGGCCAAGCGCGAGGGCGUGAGCGAUCUCACGAGCUUCGAGUACUGCGACUACCGCAAGAUGCACGGCCAGUUCGACCGCGUCGUGUCCAUCGCCAUGAUCGAGGCCGUGGGCUUCAAGAACCUGGACGAGUACUACACCGUGAUCAAGCGCUGCCUCAAGGACGGCGGCCUCGCGCUGGUGCACGGCAUCGCCGCCAACCGCUCCAUCGAGGUGCCGAUCCAGCUCUGGAUCCUCAAGUACAUCUUCCCCAACGGCUUCCUGCCGUCCGUGGCGCAGAUGGUCACCUUCUCGGAGCGCAAGCUCAUCGUCGAGGACGUGCACAACCUCGGCCCGGACUACGACAAGACGCUCAUGUGCUGGUACGAGCGCUUCCAGGAGCACCUCAAGAAGGGCGACAUCGACCGCCCGGAGGUCUUCUGCCGCAUGUGGGACUUCUACCUGCAGUACUGCGCCGCCGGCUUCCGCGCGCGCACCAUCCAGCUCGUGCAGAUCGUCUUCUCCAAGAAGCGCCCGGACCGCUACGACGCCGUGAGAUAA